AUGCGGCCAACGAAAGCGGUCAGCAAAGUCUCCCAAACCGGCCCCGACGGGGAUUUGCUUCCCCUAGUGAGCCUGUACUUUCGGCUGAUAGAUCAGAAGCCGCACAGCCUCUUCCACGAGCCGUCCUUCAGGGCGAGCAUUGCAGCUGGAACGGCGUCACGAACCGUGCUGAUUUGCAUGAUGGCUAUGUGCGCGCGAUUUUCGACGCAGCCGGACGUUCGAGCCCGUGGACCAAUAUACAUUGCAGAAGCCAAGGCAGCACUGAAAAGUGACAUUGAAAACAUUUGCAUUGAGAACCUGCAGGCCUGCAUCUUGGUUGGGAACAUUUGCGCUGGAGACUGCGAUUCCAACGCAGAGUCGUUGUACUUUGCACUUGCCACGCGUAUGGCUCAUAUCCUCAAAGUAUGGGACGUGAACGAUGGUGAUGACGGCGUCACCCGGGAGAUCAAGCGCCGCAUAUGGUGGACGUGUUUCAUCAUCGAUACUUGGGGCAGCGGCGGCAUCGGUCUGAGUCGGCAGUUUGGAUGGCGACCCAAGAUGCCAAACGUCCCCAUGGACGAGGCGGUGUUCUCGGCCAUGCGACCCGGUGAUCCGGACAUUGGCAGCUUGGAAUGGAAGCCGGGGCUGUGGGGGCACAUGGUCAGACUUGUUGAAAUAUACGGCCAGAUUCAAGACUUUCUGAGGCAUCUUGCCGAGUCGGACGACUGGGAUGAGGAUGCCAUCAGCGAUACGGUUCGCGACCUCGACACGCAAAUGGCCGACUUCGAGCUGAACAUCGGGCCCGACCUGGCCUUCUCGACACACAACUUGUCCAGGUACGUGAGCCACGGCCUCGGCAGUGUCUUCAUUGCUUUCCACCUGGGCUUUCAUCACUAUAAAACGCUGCUGUUCUACAUCUACCUCGACAGCCGCCGAUCAUCGGUCACGAAUGGGAAGGCGUACGCACGACGCUGUAAGCACCAUGCGACGACCGUAUGCGAGGUGCUCAAGGCAUCACGGGACCACCCCGGUGCUGAGGCGCUUUACAACAUCGUCGGCCAUGUGACGAUUGUCUCGUCUUCUGUUCUUCUGCACACAUAUCUCUUUGGCGAGGCGGACGAGUUGCCGCACUCGCGACGCUGCUUGGAGUCGAAUCUGGAGACACUCGUCCAGCUGCGUGGCUACUGGGCAAAUAUCGACCUUAUGAUCAAGCGCCUGGUCAUAUUUCAGAACAACUGCAUGCGCUCGCUCAACGAGGACACGUAUCGCUUUGACAGAUGGAUGGUCAAGUUUCUUAUUGCGCAUUCGCUGACGCUGGAGGACAAGGGUGAGCAAGUCAGGUUCUCCAUUCCAGCAUAUGCAGUCGGCCGAAGAGACGGGGGAAACACGCAUCUCGAACGGGGACGGGUCACGCAGGGGAUCAUUAUGGGGAUCCAGGGCCUAGACGGGCUGGAAUAG